GACGCUUCGAAGCGGUCGAGGCCGCCGAGGAAAGGCACAGCCUCAAGGCCUGGAAAGGUGAUGAGGAAGUCCCAGGUUGCUUCGCCCAAGCGACGUGCAAAGCUUGCGCCGAAAGGCCUCAGCCAGAAGUGCGUCCGUGGCUUGAGCUAUUUCUUUGCCAGCGUUGGAUGCGAAUCGCUGAUAUUUCACUGCCGCCCUGUGCGAAAGCGCACCAGUGCUCUUGCCGACCUGGAGACGCUGCAGCGCUUGAAAUCGCUUUGUGCAGCCGGUUCCGGCAGUUUUGAGGAGCGGCUGGCGGCGGCUGUUGAUGCACUGCGCGCCGACUAUGGGUUGCGUUGCUUGAGCGAGAUUAAGGUCUUCGUGCGCAGUGCUACUCAGCACUGGCUGGGAAGGGAUUUGCACACACCCUCGUGGCCGCUUAGCCAGUUGGAGGCUGUUUUGGAUGCUCGACGCCGCCUGCAGGCGGCCCGAGGCAAUGUGAUGAUUGGGGGAUGUGGUCUCUUGUACCAGUGCAGCAUCGCCGAGGCGGCCGAGCUCUGGGCACGCAUCAGGCGAGCAUAUUUGGAGGUUUGCGCCGCGGUGCCGGGGUGUCAAGUCUCCCGGCGCGCUGAAACUUUGGACCGUGCUGAGGCGGCCUUUGCGACUCAUCGGAGAAGGAUGCAGGAGCCGGCUGAAAGUCGGCAGCUCCGGCGCUCCGAACAGCUGCAACGCAAGGAGAGAGCCGUCCAGAGGUGUCAGCAACGAGAAGCUGCUCGAGCCCAGAAGGCAGCGAAUCGGGUGCAAGUCCAUGACCAGAGGGCGCUUCGAAGUUUAGAACGGCUGCUUGAGCGCUGGUCGCGGAUGGACAGGGCCACGGGUGGCUGAUGUUCCAAUCGAUGAACCAUAGGAAAUGAAAAGAUGGGUCGAAAAUUGGGAGGCAAAAAAUGCACCGAUCUAUGGCCGUUUGAAACUGAGAUGGGAGCCAAAAAAAACAAUUUGUCCCAUGCUGGAAGCGAUUCAAACUGGCCUAUGCUUUGCUGCUGGAUGUGGCAGUAGAAAUGCCGAAUCCAGCGCCGGAUCCAACAGAUAGUUGGAAAGUCAAGCGGAAGCGGCCGAGUCGCAAUGGACUCAGCCGAGAAAGGCCGCAGUGUCAACAGCGGGAUGGCCCGACAGAGGAUAG